AGCUGACAUUGACAAAUGUCAAUUACCAUUUUGAUAUACUUUAUCACUGAUUUUGUAAUGUUAUACAUAUAUCCACAAACCGAAAGUUACAAUCCCAGUCUUAAUUUAAUGAUUCGAAAUGUAGUCAACAUAUAAUAUGCGAGAAUUCGGAAAAUUUGGUCCAUUAAUAGGAACUGUAGAUGAAGGAACAUCAAAUGUGAAAUUUUUGGUAUUUGCAGCUAACACAUCUGAAGUAUUAACCUAUCAUCAAGUAACCUUAAAGCGCUUCAGCCCACAAGAAGGAUGGAUAGAGCAAGAUGCUUUAGAAAUUUUAAAUGCAGUUUUAGAAUGUAUUGAGGUAACUGUUGACAAUCUUAAAAAAUUGGACAUUGACCCUGAGGAUGUUGUGGGGAUUGGGAUAACUAAUCAAAGGGAAACAACAAUAGUAUGGAAUUCUGUGACAGGGGAACCUCUGUACAGUGCUAUAGUGUGGUCAGAUGUACGAACAGCAAAGAUUGUGGAUGAUCUAAUCAAAACAAAGGGGGCACAAAGUGUCCAUGCUGUGGCUCAAACUAGUGGUCUUCCAUUGUCUACAUAUUUUUCAUCAGUUAAAUUAAAAUGGCUACUACAAAAUGUCAGUGUUGUACAAAAAGCAGUUGCAGAAGGAGAAUGUAUGGCAGGAACAGUCGAUUCUUGGCUCAUUUGGAAUCUGACUGGAGGCAGCAAUGGCGGCGUACACGCGACUGACGUCACCAACGCCUCGCGCACGCAGCUUAUGUCUUUACGCAGCUUGCAGUGGGAUAAGAGACUAUUAAGAUUUUUUGAUAUACCAGUACAAAUAUUACCAAAGAUAAAAAGUUCCUCCGAAAUAUAUGGCUACAUUUCAACUGGACCUCUCCUUGGAACACCAAUAGCUGGGUGCCUUGGCGAUCAACAAGCUGCAUUAAUUGGACAAAAUUGUAUGAGAUUUGGUCAAGCAAAGUGUACCUUCGGUACAGGAUGUUUCUUGUUGUAUAACACAGGAGAGUCCAUAGUACACUCACAAAAUGGCCUGCUAACGACUGUAGCGUACCAACUAGGUCCAGACGCUCCGCCCACAUACGCUCUAGAAGGUUCCGUAGCGGUUGCUGGGGACAUGUUGCAGUGGUUGAAAAAUGGCUUAGAAAUUAUAAACGAUCUAAGUGAUUCAGAGACGCAGGCAGCUGAAGUAAGCGACGACGAAGACAGUUCUAUUUGCUUUGUGCCAGCUUUUAAUGGGAUGUAUUCGCCGCACUGGAGAAAAGAUGCACGAGGUGUGAUCUGCGGGCUGGGAGCGCGGUCGCGCGGCGCGCACGUGUGCCUGGCGGCGCUGGAGGCGGUGUGCCACAAGAGACAAAAAUCAUAUAUGUAUGUUGCCUUGUGUGCGCCAGUUGGACGUCUAAUGAAUAGUUAUUUUGUUUUGUGAAAGAUAUUGAAAAUGUUUAUUUGUGAUACUGUUGUACAGAUUCGGCCGCUGAUGACUGAGAGCACGGCGCUGGGCGCGGCGGUGGCGGCGGGGCGCGCGCUGCGCGUGUGGCCGCCCGCCACGCCGCGCCCCCCGGCGGACACAUUCAUGCCCGCCAUAUCCGCUGAAGAGCGGGAAAUCCGUCGCGUGCGGUGGGAAUCUGCACUAAGCAGGUGUAUGGACUGGGCCGGUGAAGAUCCUUAUAGAAACAAAGUAGAGCCAGAUGAGGUUGACCACACAACAGCAGUUCUACCAUCCGGCCUCUUCUUCCUCGGCACCGCCUUGUUAGUGGUCAUAGCGGACAAAUUGAAAGUUAUAUAGACAGCUUUAGUGCAAAUAGUCAUUAGAAAAUACCUCUCAUGUUAGUCAAAUUAUUGCAGUAUUAAUAUUUUCAAAGUAGAAUUAUAACAUGUUGUGAAAACUAUAAUAAAUGUUAUACUGAAA